AUGAGAAAUCCGAAAGUUUUCUUUAUUUGGAUUUACAAACAAGUAUCAAAUUAUAAUCUGUUCAUAUUAGAUCAACAUGAUUAUGAAAAUGACGAUACAAUCAGAGAUCCAGUUAUUAUACUUCGAAAACAGAAGUAUAAAACUCGAUUGUAUAUUGUUCUUCUCGCAGUAUGUUUAUAUAUUCUAUUCUAUGGAAUAUGUAUUAAAAUGGAAUCUGAAACAAUUGUCAUAUUCAAUGUUACACCUGAUAAUUUUGAUCAAUUGUAUAAUGAAUAUGAUCAAACACUUUCAUGCCCAUGUUCAACAAUUGCAAUAUCAUAUAAAAAUUUUGUUUCAAAUAAUAUCAUAAUGCAUCCUGUUUGUUCAAGUUACUUUGUUGAUAAGAAAUGGAUCGAAGGAUUAUAUUUCGUAAAUGCCAGUCGAUAUAACAUACAGGAUUUUCGAAAAGUUGCCUAUUCUCAGUUUGAACUUCUAUCACGAUUCUGUUCACUUUCUCAAAAUUCGCGGGCGAUAGUUACACAUGAUCUAAAUAGUGAUAAUUAUUUAGAUCUCAUUCUUGGUUUACCUUCAUCAAAUGAAAUCUAUGGGCUUCUGGGAGAUGGAAAUGGAAAUUUUCAAACACAAAUUAUUUAUUCAAGUAUAAUUAAUAAUUAUACAGAUGACGUCGAUAUUUCCAAUAAUAAAAUUUGUCAAAAUAUAAUUAAUAUGAACUUGAUGAACAAUAGUCUAUAUAUUCUUUACAAUCCAUGUCGAUGUUCUACACAUCAGACAUCUUGA